GGGGGAUAUAGGACAGGCUUCACACGGGGGUUUGGCUGCAGACUGGUCGGGAUCCCUUUCGCGCGUCCUCGGUCUCUCUCCAUCAUCAGGUCCAGAAGUCGUUCUUCAUCACCACAGCCGAAGGGGAAAGUGAGAAGGCUAAAGACUCCCAGAGAUCCCGGUCAGGCGGCUACAUGCUCAGCUCUCUUCGGUUUUAAGAAGAACAACCACAGGAAUCAGAAGCAACCAUGGAUUUUGUAAUGAAGCAAGCUUUAGGUGGGGCCACCAAAGACAUGGGUAAGAUGCUCGGCGGGGAGGAGGAGAAAGAUCCGGACGCAGCCAAGAAGGAGGAGGAACGGCAGGAGGCGCUGAGGCAGCAGGAGGAUGAAAGGAAGGCCAAACACACCCGCAUGGAGGCCGAGAGGGAAAAAGUACGGCAGACCAUCAGGGACAAGUACGGGCUGAAGAAGAAGGAGGAGAAGGAGGCGGAGGAGAAGGCGGCCAUGGAGCAGGCCUGUGAGGGGUCGCUGACUCGCCCCAAGAAGGCGAUCCCGCGGGGGUGCGGAGACGACGACGAAGAGGACGAGGAGAGCAUCCUCGACACCGUCCUCAAGUUUCUGCCCGGACCUCUCCAGGACAUGUUCAAGAAGUAAAACAACAACAACAACAACAAAUCAAAACGAACCCUACAUUCAGGGUCCAGUCUGGCCUGGGGAGGUGGGGAUCUCUCUGUGGCCGGACUGCCAGGGUUGCAGGAGAG